ACAGGGCGGUUAAAGAGAGAAGUUUAAACCCCAGCAGCUGCUCACGAGACGGCGGAUCGAGCUUUCACGGUCCAGCACAUCACUUGUCUUUAGUUGAAUUUGUGUAGUUUUUUUGGGACGUUAUCAUCGACUUCAGUGAAGUUUUUCCUCCGAGAGGACAGCCCAUCCGACUAGCGGCAUCAUGACUCGGAGAUCCUGUGCCAUUUACGCCACCGGCAUCGUGUGUGCUCACCUCCUAAUAGUGGGGAUCGCCCUGGUCGUGGCUCAAGUCUUCCAAACAAUGAUCUACAGCCGGUUAAAAAAGGAAAUUACUUUGACAGAGAAGAGCCAAAUGUUUGAAUCAUGGAAGAAUCCACCGCCACCUGUUUAUAUGGAGUAUUACUUCUUCAAUGUGACCAAUCCAGAGGUGUUCUUGGCAGGCGGGAAGGCAGCGGUUAAACAAAUCGGGCCUUACACUUACAGGGAAUACAGGCCGCGGGAGAACGUAACGUUCCUGGAGAACGGCACCAAGCUUUACGCCCUGAACCCCAAAACCUUUGUAUUUGUGCCCGAGAAGUCAGCCGGUGACCCUGAGGUCGACAUCAUCAGGACUGUCAACAUCCCGUUUGUGGCGAUCAUGAACGAGCUAAACUCCUACUCCUUCUUCCUGCGGACUUUGGUUUCCAUGUACAUUAACAGCCUGGGCGUCGAGGUGUUCAUGACCCGCACUGUCCACGAGGUUCUGUGGGGCUUCAAAGACCCUCUUCUUUCAAAGGUCCACUCCAUGAAGCCUGACGUGGACGAAAUGUUUGGACUAAUGUGGAAGAAAAAUGGAACCCAUGAAGGAGAAUUUGUGUUCCACACCGGCGAGGAGAACUACUUGGAUUAUGGCAAGAUCGACACAUGGAACGGCCUUAGGAAGAUGUCGUGGUGGUCUUCCAAUCAGAGCAACAUGAUCAACGGUACGGACGGUGCGGUCUUCCACCCUCUGAUAAACAGGAACGAGCUGCUCUACAUCUUUGCUGCUGAUCUCUGCAGAUCUAUCCAUCUAGCCUACGUGGAAGACGUGGAGGUGAAAGGCAUCCAGGCAUACCGCUUCGCUCCCCCUAACGACGUUCUCAUGAACCCCAAAGACAACCCCACUAACGCAGGCUUCUGUGUGCCAGCUGGAGACUGUCUCGGCACCGGGGUGCUUAAAGUCAGCGUUUGUCGAGAAGGUGCUCCCAUCGUGGUGUCGUUCCCCCACUUUUAUCAAGCGGACCCCAUGUACAUCAACGCUGUUGACGGGCUCAACCCCAACAAGGAGGAACACGAGACGUACCUCGACCUGCAACCGACCACGGGGGUUCCCAUUCGUGCCUGCAAGAGAGCUCAGCUCAAUAUCAUCCUGAAAAGAGUUCAAGGCUUCCCCAAAACCAAGUUCAUCAACGAGACCAUUUUCCCCAUCAUGUUCGUCAAUGAGACGGCAACUAUCGACGAUGACUCUGCGUCCCAGAUGAGGACGUUGCUCCUAAUUGUGACUCUCGUGUCAAACUUCCCUGUGCUCAUCGUGGGCCUGGGCAUCAUUCUGCUGCUGGUGCUCGUCGUCCUGUUCUGCCGAAACCGCCAAAAGAAUGAAGUAAAACGUAUUGAUUUUACUGAAGCUUUUCAUUCUUUUACUACGGUGAAGGACGAUACGGCCUACACUCAGGUCAGCGACAAGCCCGACGAGCCGUCAGAAACGCCAGCCAACCAGCCAAUGAAGAACGGCUCCUACAUUGCCAUGUCUCCAGUGGAGGCCCAGAAGUGUUGAUGGAGGAUCCCCUCCCUAUGUGUGGAGCUCAAGAAGGGGGCUGAGGGAGCAGCACAGGGGUGUUACAUUACCACGGGUGGGGGUUAGCAUACACAGUAGGCUCAUUUUGCUUAUUUUAGGGGGGGUGGGGAGGAUAUAGAAAGGCGUGGACCACAAUCCCCAGUUCAUGUUUGGUCAACAAAGACAUUGCUCCUCUCACUGAGCCCUCUUAUGACUGUCUGUCCUCCUCUACUCUACCUGCUGAGCAUGGCCCUCACUGCCUGUCGUACUGCAACACAACAAAACUCACACACUCUUAUUCCUCGUUUCCGUCCUGGUUGGCCUUUUUAAAGAUGAAGGGACUCUGGGUAGGCUCGGCCAGGACAAGCCUUUUUUCCGUAAUUCUUCUGAGGGAACGCGGUAGCAUAGGUGUCGCACGCAGAUGCGUGAUCUUCCGAGUGGACUCUGCCAACUGAUGCUGCUCAAAGAGGGUUUUAGUAUUCAGCUGAACAACAGUGGGUGUUGUUACCGUCUUAUUCUUGCUCUUUUCCUGUCCAUCAGAGGAGAAAAUGUCGAGGCAAACAGAUAAAUGAUGAAAAAAAGCCCCUGUAAACUCAAUCCUUAGGACAAAACUCUAAGCUCCUGCGCUCAGAGGAUAAAAUGGUUUUGCUACUAAACUGAACUUAGCAUAUCCUGUUUUAUAGUUAAAAAAAAAAAAAAAAAAAAACACUGAGCCAAGCUAUUUAUAGCAUUUUUGCCUUUUUCUCCUAAGAUGAAUUAGUGCACAUGCCACACUUCCGAUAUCCGUCAGUGAAAGUGUGUGCACCUUAUCUUACACUUCAGUGUCCUGUUUUGAUGGGACAAUUGGCAACCAUUUUUGUUGAUGCAGGCACAGUGUCGUGACAUCUGGAAUGCUUGUGAUUUUGAUCCCUGCCCCCCCCCCCCACUCUCCAGAAACACUAGUUAAAAAAUAGUCCGCUACAUUUCCAAGUCAUCUUUAGUGAAGGGGAUGACUGGUUAGCUGUGAAACUAUUGGGGUAGCCAACAGUAGCUUGGUAGGUUGCAUCUUUUUUAGGCUUCAUCACAAUUUAAAACAAAUAGGGGAAGAAGAAAAAAACACCCACAGAACUUACAAGGGAGACUUGAACCUGCUUUCUGCCUUAUAAUGGUUCAGUGUGUUCUGUAUGUUUCUACAUUGUUCAGAUAAGCUGGAAAUCUCUUCUGUUAUUGUACAUAUGUAAAAGGGGGAAAUGUUGAGAUACCUCUGACCAAAUCUAGCAAGCAGUCCUUCUAGGUGUGCUGUAAGACACUAAUUUUGCUCUGGUGUCGACCGCUCCUGCACGUCUACACUGUAACUUACUUAUUAGAGAAAGCACAAUUUGGAUUGCUAAAACCAGUCCUUACACAAGGCUACCAGGUUUUUUUUGUCCUAUUAUGAUAUAGAUUUACAGCUGAUCUGUCAAAGACACUGUCAGGUGGCGUAGCUAUAUUAAAAAAAAAAAAAGAAAAAGUGGAAUCAUUGGGGGUUUUGAGGGAGCUCUGUGCACCACUUGCCGCUGUGCAGUCAUUCAGUUUGCCAAGGAGCUGUAGGCAUUCAGGCAAAACGCAGCACACAGCACUUGAAUCACUGUUUGUCUUAUGUUUCAUUUGUUUUAAUUUUUCUGUCCACCACACUUGUGUCGUCACGUCAAACCCAGUGCUAGUCAUUAAUGGGAAGUGAAUUUAAGGCCAUAAUAACUGUCAACGUGGAAAAUUCCCUGCACUUUGCCUGGAAAUUGUGCCCUGUGUAUUUUCAUUGUUUGUUUUUUGUCUUGUUCAUUUCACUGAAGGUGGUCCAUAUGUUCAAUGCAUUUCAAUGGUUUGUUCUAACUAGUAUUAGUUAUGAAGGAUGCUGUAAAUGAACACACAUCCAUGCCUCUGUGUUACUUACUUUUCAGCACAUGGAGUGUCUUCUUUUGAUAUACUUUUUGUAUUUGGUAUUGCUGCUAAAAACAAAACAAAAACAAAUGCCAUAACCUAUGGACUUGUAUUUGUACACACAUGUACAUAACCUGCUCGUAUUCUUUUUCAGGUUGAUCAACAGAGGCUUUUUCUUUAAGGCUUUCUGGGUUAUCAACCCUUUUGACAUCUGAGCACAAGAUACAAAGCCCAAAACUUGCUGCCAUUUAUUAGAAUUAGCAGUUAAAGUUAUCACUAGCAACACUUUUGUAAAGUUAUCACACUUAACACACUCAUUCCUCUUAUUAGCAGAAGCUUUUGAGCAUAUCACAUGUAUUGUUGGGGAUUAUAAUGGGAGUAGUAAACUUAACAAUUUGCUGGAGGUGCCCAAAAAGGGAGAGGCAGUUCAUCAAAGAUCGGUUUCAGAAGCCUGAUUCUAAAGAACACUGUGGUGGAGAGGUCGAACGUAUUCCUUUUUAAAGGUUGAACAAAUUCACUAAAGGCUUUUUUUUUUAUUCCACCUACAUGCAAGCAACCACCGUCUCGUGCAAACUCAGUUCAUCGAUAGCCACCUUUUUAAAAACUUGAACCUGAGAGACCUUAAUCCCAAGGUGCGUGCGUGUGCGUGUGCGUGUGCGUGUGUGUGUGUGUGUGUGUGUGUGUGUGUGUGUGUGUUUAAACACACCUGAGCCAUCACUCCUCCACUGUCUGACUUCCAAUACACUGACCUUUGAGUCUGAAUACUUCAAGCCUAUUGGCUCCUCCCUGC